AUGGCCUCUUCGCCGUACAAAGUCACAGUCGGAAUAGAUUUUGGUACCUUUACAAGUACAUUCGCUUACUGUAAUAACUGCGAUGUUAAUUCGGAAAUAGUGACAAACGAUACAUGGUCUGAACAACGAGGUGUUUUUAAAACCGAUACUGUGUUACAAUAUGAUGAUUCAUUGAACGUUGUUACCUGGGGUAUUGUACCCAAACCUGAAAAAAAGAAAAAGAAUAAUCCAAUUAGGAGUUCCAGUGUUAUGGUAAAUACGCGUGCAAGCAAAACGUGGAGUCCAGAACCUGCUCGUAUUUCCAGAACGACUAGCACUGGCAUGCUUAAUGAAAGUAGGCAAAUGAUCCUUGCGAGCCUGUUUAAAAUUCAUCUAGCAAACGUGUUGGAGGAGGAUAAGCCUCCGCUGCCUGUAGGACUAGAUUACAGAAAAUGUGUAUCUGAUUAUUUCUCAGAAGGUGCAAAAGAUAUUGUUCGUUAUUGUGUUUCGGGUACUGAACUCGUGGAAUCGGCAACUUCACCAAAUUUAGAAUUUAUGUUAGAAUCUACGGCUGCAGCUAUUUAUUGCUUAAACAGUUUAAAACAAGUGAGAUUACAUCCAAAUGCCAACUUUAUGCUCGUGGACAUUGGUGGUGGUACGAUAUUAGCUGCAAUAUAUAAACUUGUCGAAGAUGGCAAAAAUUGCGAAUUAGUUGAAUAUUCUAGUAAUUUGUGUGGCAGUACUUAUAUUGAUAAAGAAUUUAUCCGGUUUCUUUGUGAAAAUUUUGAUUUAUAUGAUGCGUUGCAGAGAUUACAAAUUCAUAACUAUGACCAAAUACAAUAUCUUGCCCAGGAAUUCUGCAGAAAAGCAAAAUUGCCUUUUACUUCUGAUCCAUCAGCUUUCAAACCUAUAAAUAUAGAUUUAGAGGAUUGUUGCCCAGCGAUUGUAAAGUAUGUGACUGGAGAUGUUAGAGAGCGAAUGAUAGAAGCUGAAUGGGUGAUUGAAUUGGAUUAUGAUGAUGUUAAAGCAAUGUUUGAUCCAAUAAUUCAAAAAAUUAUAUCUCAUAUCGGAAAUCAUUUAUCAACAUCAAGAAGUAAAUGUGAAGCCUUGUUUCUUGUUGGUGGAGGCAGCGAAAAUCAAUAUAUACAAGACCAGAUAAAAAUGGCCUUUAAUCAACAUUUUUCAAUGAUUGGAAGUCCUAAGCAACCAAUUACCGCUAUAGUGCGUGGAGCUGUACAAUAUGAGUUAGAAAAGUACAGGAGAAUAUCAAGCAUGUCAAGUGUAUCACGUGGAUCUGAACAGUACGGAUUAAAUUAUAUGCAAACUGCGAGGAUAAAUGCGAAUAUACAUGCGAAUAUACCACCAGUACAAUACGGUGAUACAAAUAAAUUACUACAAAACAUGCAGAAUAUAUCACGGGACUUGGUAAAAAAUCCAAGUAUACCAAAUGAGGGUCCACUAUAUGGAUUAGAGAAUCAAAUGCAGAAUAUUGACAUAUCACAAGAAAUAAACCCUUUCACUCAUCCAUUUAAACCGGGUUCAAGAGAGCUGAAAUACACAUAUGGAGUUCAGGUUGUAAUGAAAUGGAAGAAGGGUGAUCCGCCUGAGCGUAAAACUAAAGAUGGCCUUAUAAAUGUUUUUUAUACAUUGAUAAAAGCCAAUACUGUAGUUAAGGUUGGUCAGACGGUUGGAUAUGUUGCAAGACCAUCUGACCCAAAUCAAAGGGAUAUGACUUUUAAUAUUUAUGUCUCUCCGGAAAAAAACCCAAGAUUUUGUGAUGAACCUGGGAUGAAACAUUAUGGAACUCUUAAAGUUGAUCUUGCAGACUUACAACUUGGAAAAAAGCGACUCGUAGAAUUUUCUUUAGUUUUUGGCAUAUCAGAAGUUAAAGCUGUAGCAAAGAAUAAAAAAACAGGGACGGUCUAUCAAGCUACCCUGAGUCGAUGA